UGAGGACAGAUUUGAUCCUAACUCCCAGGAAGUUGCAACAACAAUUGGGAAUUUUAUCUGGGGUGUGAGUCUGAUCUGGAUAUGCAGGUGUGUCUACACAGAAUAAUUUGAAACUGAUUUAGAUGUGCUAAUGGAUCUCCCCAAAGCAAAAUGUUUGCAGACAUGGAUUGCAUAUAAUACCCAGCUGCGGGGAAAAAAUCUAGCCCAGAAGCACGAUAGCUAAUUUUGAAGGUGGGACUGUGCUGAGGUGGGAAAGGGGGUGUUAUCUCUACUUACAACAAAAAGCAGGGCUGGAAGAAUUUUGGCCAUGUUUGUUUUUCGUUGUUGUGGGGGUUUUUUUGUUAGCAGUAGUGACUGGACUGCUCCACACAGUAUAUGUUUUUUACAAUGUUAUUAGUUCUCUUUAACAUGAUAGCCACUUCAUAAAGUCACAGAAAUCACUCUCUGCGUAGCCGCAUUAAAUGCCACAUUUAAUGUCUCGCAUUCCCCUCAGUAUUAGCCACAGUGUGUGCACCUGAAGUAAAAAGGGGGGGCUGUCUGUUUGGCCAUAAAUGCCAUUGGAAUUUUACAAAUACAGGCACAUCGUGCUCAGAGAGAUGAUUUAACCUUGCUUUAACCUACACCUACAAAUGUGGCAGUCUUCCUUUUGUUGUGUUGAGCGGCUACAUUCCUUUGUUGUGCUCUCCUGAGAUAUUCAGCAGGGCAGAAAGAAGCUAAUACACAAGUGGGAACUUUUCCACAGUUCCUAGACAGCAGCUAAACAAUCAGUCCAAACAUUUAAAAUCACUCCCUGGCAGGGAAAACACAUUUUAUUGUAGAUCCUAACUUUGAAUACACAUCCUCCAAGAGUGAAAAGGAAGGAUAAGAUGCCCUUGGCCUGGAGUUUGGGGUUAAUGAGUGUUAAUGGGUGUCACCUUCUUGGUCCCCUUUUUUUAUCUCUUCCUCAUGCCCCCCCCCCCACAAUUUGGAGCAGCUGGAAUCUAAAACUUCAGGCCCUGUGUAUAAAUAUAGCAGUCUGCCUUCAGCCUUUUUUGAAACUGCAAGAAAGUGAGGAAGGGGAAAGCACGCCAGAAUUUUUCUAAAAAGGUCAUGUUUUUGUUGUUGCUCCAUAUGAUGCUGCUUUCAUGGCUUGGAACAACAGAGCAAAUGGCUGUACUGCAGAAGAAAAGGAGAUUUCUACACCUCCUGCCUCAAGACAGAGAUACACUACUGAAAUAUCUAAGGGGCCAAGAAGGAACUCUGGCAGAUACUGGUUUGUUUGGGACACACCUCUUGGCAGAAAUGGAGGGCGAGAGGCAAAAUGCGCCAGAAGUGCCUAGGUUUCUUUUGGCCUAUAAAGAUAGCCAUGCCCCUCAAGAUUUGGGAAACAGAACUUCUUCCGCAAGCGCAUCUCCAGAGAGAACACAAAACGCUCCUUGCCACCCUCACAGGAAAAGGGAAGCAGAACUGCCCUUCAGGAAAGAUGCCAAGAAGUUCUGGGACCUUUUCAUGUUGAAAACCAAGUCACGGUCUGAUGUGAUUGUCCUUCCAAUCAAGACAAAUGAAAUGUAUCAGGACACCUGCAGCACCAUCCCAUUCUCUCAGAGCAUUGCACAUGAGAACUGCGAGGAUCUGGUGGUGCAAAACAACUUGUGCUUCGGCAGGUGCAGCUCUUUUCACGUUCCCGGUCUUGAAGAUCGCCUUUACACCUUUUGCUCGCACUGCUUGCCCACCAAGUUUUCCACGGAACGUUUGGAGAUGAAUUGCACAAUCGCUGCUCCUGUAAUCAAGGUCGUCAUGAUCGUCGAAGAAUGCAAGUGUGAGGUUCAGAAAACAACAGAUCCCAAAAUGGGAUUUCUGCACUCAGAUCUGCAUGCCAAUGUGUAUGAACAAAACUGAGCCUUUCAAAACGGACUUUUCUUAGUAGAUUUUUAUCACUGGCGAGAAUAGCCAGGACUUCAGUUUAAUGCCAACACAACAUCUUGAAGAAGCCUCUGGUACAGUUUGUGCAAGUGUAAGAGUGUGUGAGAGUGAGUGAGUGAGUGAGU